UUAGAACAAUGCAAACUAUAUCUAUAAAACAGAAUAUAAAAGAUUAAAUUCUAAGUAACUUAAAUAUUCUUAAUCAAUCUAAGUUAUGAUUAUGUGAUUAACGUGUAAAAACUUGGAAAUAAAAACGCAAAGAUUUUGCAAAAGAAUCGCGCAAGAAGAUUCUACGAAACGAUUUGCUUGUUCUUAUGUAUUCCCAAACUUGUUUCAAGAGAAAAAUUGGGCCACGGUAUAAUUUCUCUUUUGUUCACAAUAUUGCGACGCUUAUCGCCAAGUGUCAAUUAAUUCUAGUUUAGAUUUUUAAAUUACAAUAAAUGUCUUAAAUCAUGACUACAAUAAAUGUCUUAAGUCAAGAUGUUGCCAUGACAUCACAACAAUCUCAAACACAAUCGCAACAGACACAAUUUGUAUCACAACCUUCAAAGCAGCAAGUAGUACAACAAGCUUCUACUCAACAACAACAACCACAACAACAACAAAGUUCCUUCAAUGAUUUCCCACAAUUUUUAACUAAAACAAGAUUGCAAGAUCUUGUGAAAGAAGUAGAUCCUACUGAACAAUUAGAUGAAGAAGUAGAAGAAAUGUUAUUGCAAUUAGCAGAUGAUUUUGUAGAAACAACUGUCAAUGCUGCAUGUUUGUUAGCCAAACAUCGUCAUGCAAAUACUGUAGAAGUAAAAGAUGUACAAUUACAUUUAGAAGAAAUUGGAAUAUGUGGAUUCCUGGUUUUGGUACAGAUGAAGUACGUCCAUAUAAACGUGCAACAGUUACUGAAGCACAUAAACAAAGAUUGGCACUUAUACGAAAAUCAAUUAAAAAAUAUUAACUUUUCUGUACAUUUCAUUCUGUGUUAUUAUUUUAUCUUUAACUAACAAUUCUUUUACAUGUAGUAUAAUUUAUGAUAACAUACAUAAUUAAUAUUUGUAAAAGAAUUAUAAUUAUAUAUAUAUAUAUAUAUAUACAUAAUUAUAUGAUUAUAUAUACUUUUUGUAAUGUACAUAAUUUUAAGUCUAAUAUGUCUUUAAGCAAUAACUAAAAUUUUUCUUGAAUAAAUUUAUAAUUACUUUAUAUAUGAUUUA